AGGGCACCUGAGCGGGGAGCGGGGGUAAGCAGCCAGUGCACGCACCCACCUCGCCUACUUAGCACCAGUGCUCGCUUGGGGAGACAUGCUGUUUGGAGGCCAUAAGCACAGCAGACACAGACCCGACCGGGAGCGCGUGCACCUGAGCGUGCCUCCGCAUGACCCUGGACGUGACCUUGCUCUGUCCACGUAUCGUGGAAAUUGUUUUAAUGGAAAUGGUUCCUGCGUCAAUUGUAUGCUCUUACAUACAAUUGAACAUACAAUUGAACCUCUGAACCAAGGCUGCAAGAGGGCCCUUCAGACUAGACGCCCUCCACCUCCUGGGAGGCUCGCACACGGACGUGGACAUGGACAGACACACAGACAGAUACAGGCACAGACAGACGCACGUAGAAACGGACACAGAGACAUGGACAGACUGACGGACACACACGAACAGACACAGGCCUACUGCCAUGUCUCCCCAGGCUCCUCUGGUCGUGGUUUCCCGUCCCCGUUGUCCUCAAGGAGGGCUCUGGGACGUGUGCGAGGUCCCUCCGGGAAGGCCUGGAGCCACGGGCUCGGGAGAGUCUCUUGUGGUGGUGGCGUUUCCCAGAUGGCGGUGUGUCUUGUGGCUCACGUUGAAAGCCGGACGCUUGUGCGGGGUAAGUGGCACCGAGCGAGGAAGGCCUUUCUGAUGGGCUUUGUGUUCUCUUGGCCAGAGACAGGCUGCGCUUGCCGGUGGCCUCGGCACCAGGGCUCAGAGGCCGUGUCGUCUCCCCUUCUGGCUCUGGGCGUCCCUGGACACCCUCCCUCGGCAGCAUCUGUGUCUUCAGGCGGCCACACGUGCGGGACGGAGCGUCUGGGACCUUUCCUCCAGGGCACAGCGUCCCACGCUCAGCCCAGGCCUGCCCUGAUGGGGACCAGUCCCCGUGGGGACCGAGCCCUCCUCUCGGGUGGAGGUGUCUGCAUCCUCACCAGGAGAACCUGGUGUGGUUCCUGGAGGCAAAACCGUGAAGAUGUGGAGUCUGUCCUUGCUCAGCCUUCGUCAACUCGUGAAAAUGACCGUUAGGUGUUUCUGCCAGUUUCUGGGUGCCAGUGACCCUCUGUCUCCGUAGACUCAAAGUGGCUGUUUCCCUGUGACCUCAGUCCUCUGGUGUGGACGAGGACAGCGUGAGGACCAUCCUUCUCACAGGGUCCAGGACGCGGGAUCCCCCCCCCCCCACCACCCCUGUCUGGGGAGAAGCUGGGGUGGUUCUGCCGUUACCUGGGGGCCAGAGACUUUGCUCCCAAAGGACAGGCUGGUCCUACCUUCUGUGCCCGCCCUAUCCUGUGGUGACCCUUCUACCUCCUGUCCCCCUCGCGGCUUCCCCUCCAACUGCAGGUGGGGCUGGAGGGCACACAGGUUUUCAGGCACGUCAGGGGCUCGGUCCCCAGGAGACGUGCAGGGACCUGAGGUGUCCUUCCCUCUCCCAAUACCCCCCUGCCCCUGGGCCCCACACAUCCUGCAACCCAGGGCCAUAUAGGACAGACGUGGGCUGACUUGGGCAAGGCAGCACCUGACUGACAUGGCAAGUCUGGGCCUGGGUGUCCAGCUGGUGGCCGCCAACCGCCGGGCCUGUGGGGCCCCUGAAACCUGCCCUCCGCAGACAUGUGGAAGGACACAGCGCAGGGCAAGGGACACAGAGCAUCUUGGCAACAACUUUACAUUUCGGUUACAUUUCGGCCAAAAUUAUAUCUGGGGUACGUUGGUUUAAAUGGCAUAUUAUUAAAGCUAACGACAUCUGUUUCUUUUGGGGCUUUUAUUUAUUUAUUUUUAUGUUUAUUUUUGAGAGAAAGAGAGGGAGACAGAGCGCCAGCAGGGGAGGGGCAGAGAGA